CUGCCUGUCGUCUGCUGAAGCUGGGUUUACCGCCACGCUGCACUGGCACAGAGCAGAGCCACGGCCCGUUUGCACCACCACCCGCACUCUCAGCAACGGUUCUCACUCCAGCGACACCACCAGCAAGGAAAACCAGGGACCGAGCUCACCAGGCUUUCUACCAUCAUCAAGAAGGAGGGGACGCAGCAGCUACGAAGGGGCCCGACGCUACAAUUUAGGCACCAGCUGCUUCCUCAACCAAAUCCCCCUCCACCUUAUCCCUUCCUAUCCAACACCACCACCACUUCUCCCUUGCUCCUCCCUAUGCCCUUGUCCUCGGCGGCUCCUCUCACCUCCCUGGCCAGUAUAUGGAUAGAAGCUCCCUGUUUCAGCUCAUACAAGAGCAGCAGCUGGACCCAGAGAACACCGGUUUCAUUGCAGUGGAGAACUUCACCAGCUUGGUGGAGCACCAUGAGCUGCAGCUGGACCCGUCCAAACUGGACAUGCUGUUAGCCCUCGUCCAGAGCAAUGAAGAGGGACAGGUGUGCUACCAGGAGCUCAUCGAGCUGAUGAGCAGCAAACGCUCCAGCAGUUUCCGACGAGCCAUCGCCAAUGGCCGCCGCACGCUGCAGAGGGAGAUCCUGCUGGAUGAGACGGGGCUGGGUCUGUACAAACGUUUUGUGCGCUAUGUGGCCUACGAGAUCUUGCCCUGCGAGACGGACCGACGCUGGUACUUCCACCAGAACCGCCUGUGUCCCCCGCCUGUCUUCAUCGCCAUUGUCACCAUUGUCCAGAUUAUCGUGUUCAUGUGCUACGGCAUCAUGCUAAACAAGUGGGUACUGCAGACCUAUCAGCCUGACUUCAUGAAGAGCCCCCUGGUCUACCAUCCCGGCCACCGUGCACAAGUGUGGCGCUUCUUCAGCUACAUGUUCAUGCACGUUGGUUUGGAGCAGCUGGGAUUCAAUGCUUUGCUGCAGCUGAUGAUCGGCGUGCCUUUAGAGAUGGUCCAUGGCAUCUUACGAAUAAGCCUGCUUUACAUGGCAGGAGUUCUGGCCGGCUCGCUGACAGUGUCCAUCACCGACAUGCGUGCUCCAGUUGUGGGGGGUUCCGGGGGAGUCUACGCUCUGUGCUCAGCGCAUCUGGCCAACGUCGUCAUGAACUGGGCCGGGAUGCGCUGUCCGUACAAGCUGCUCCGCAUGAUCCUGGCACUAGUUUGCAUGAGUUCAGAGGUGGGUCGUGCCGUCUGGCUCCGCUUCUCACCGCCGCUGCCGUCCUCUGGUCCCCAGCCCAGCUUCAUGGCACACCUGUCGGGGGCCGUGGUCGGUAUCAGCAUGGGGCUGCUGAUCCUGCGCAGCUAUGAGGAGAGUCUACAGAAACAGUGCUCCUGGUGGGUCAUCGUCUUCUCCUUCAUCACCUUCCUCCUCUUCGCCAUCUUCUGGAACAUCUUCGCAUAUGAGCUCCUGGGGGUGCAGAUCCCACCUCCUCCCUGAUGAUACCCCACACCCCCACGCCCCAGGCCCUCCUCCACAUAUACACUGACUCCAACCCUGCUCCAAACAAAUCUUUUCCCCCUUUAACCAUUGUUAACUUUCCCAUUUCCUCUCAAGUUAGACCCAACUGAAAUGAUAUGAGAUCAUUCAAACUAAAAUCGACCAAGAAUCCUCUUUUUACAGAUACUUUGCAAAUCAAAGAAAUAUGUCUCUUUUAUUAAAGAGGGAUUACAGUAGCAACAAGUACAGGUGAAAGUUCCUCAGAUCCAUUUUGAGGAGCAAUAUAUCUUUUUAUAUACGUUGAAAUCUCAUCCACAU